AUGAGGGCCCCCACGGGGCCCCUCAAGGAGGCCCCAACGGGGGCCCUCACGGGGGCCCCCACGGGGGCCCUCACGGGGGCCCCCAUGGGACCUCCCACGGGGCUCCCCAUUGGUUCCCUCACGUGGGCUCUCACGGGGGCUCCCACGGGGGCCCUCAGGGGGGCCCCCAUGGGGGCCCCCACGGGGGACCCAGUGGAGGGCCUAAUGGGGGGCCCCAUGGGGGCCCCCACGGGGGGCCCCCUGGGGGCCCCAAUGGGGGGCCCCCUGGAGGGCCCCCGGGGGGGCCCCAAGACUUCGGGGGGGAGGGCGAGGGGGAGGCGGGGCUGCUGUCUCGUUCUUGCUGCUCUGUGGGCAGCAGCGGCAGCCACAAGCUGCCACAUUCUUUACCUGGAAGGCAAGUACGGAGAGGCCCAACACAGGACCCGCACUAAGGGAGAACUUUUGUCUCUUUUGAUGGAAGACCUCCACGCGCUGAAAGAGCCCAUUUCCCUUUACCAAGACCGAGUUGACGCGUUUGAUAAGGCCUUUGAUGAGCUCAUCAGCAACAACACUUAUCUCCAAAGGAUGGAACUUUCCAAAUACGCCAAAUACCCCAAUCUGUACGACGAGCCCACAGACAAGGAGGCGGUUAAUCCAGAUCUUGAGAUUCUCCUCGAGUAUUUCGACCAAGAAAUUGACCAGUUCAAGAUCCGCGUGCGCCACCUGAAGGGUUCCAUAGAAGACAGCGAGCGGCUGCUGACUCUGCGUUUGGCUGUAAUGCGAAACUCUUUAAUUAAAUCUGAAUUAGCUGCCACUUUGUUGGCUGCGGGACUGGCUGUGGGCACUUCCAUUUCAGGGAUAUUCGGAAUGAAUUUGCAAAAUGGAAACGAAGAAGGCAGCAGCAGCCACGCAGUGUUUAUUUUGGUGUCUUCUGUAAUUGCCUUUACUGCUGUUUUGUCGCUUUUGGCGGUCCUUUAUCUCGUGAAGACUAUCAGGCUCUAG